AGAAAGACGAGGGUUUGCGCAGUGGUGGGAAGAAGUCAUAUUAGGGUUGAUGGAGCGGCUGUGAGGGCGCUCCAGCGAGCAGCCGGGACGGGGGGCGCGCCGCGCGCGCAUUUUCGGUGAGGUAUGGCGGCCACAGUGGACACGAAAAAGAUCGUUCAAUUGGGGAAGAGGCUCGGCGAGCUCCAGCUUCCCUCUUCCAAGGAUGCGCUGCUCAAGCUUCUCAAGCAACUCUCGGCGCUGCUGCCUAAUGUCGAUCAAUCCGCCUCAGAGGAGACGCGGCGGGCUCUGGCUCCUUGCAAGGAUGCGCUGGUGAGAGCGGAGCUGCUACAUCACAAGGAUAAGGAGGUGAAAUUGUUUGUGGCGACAUGCGCUAGCGAGAUUUUGAGAAUUGAGGCUCCUGAUCUUCCUUACAACGAUGAUGUCCUUAAGGAUCUGUUUGAGCUCAUUGUCAACACGUUCAAAGGACUCAGUGACAUGCAAAGCCCAUUAUACCAAAAACGGGUACACAUACUGGAGACGGUGUCUGCCAUCAAGUCCUGUCUGCUAUUGCUGGAUAUUGACAAUUGCGACGAUGUGAUUCUGGAUAUGUUCAAAACUCUCUUUCAGGAAGCCAGGGAUGAUCAUCCGUCUAAUAUCCUUAGCGCGAUGCUGAACAUCAUGGCCUUGCUCGUGAAGGACAGUGAUAACUACCCGAGGCCUUUGGUAAUGGAGAUUGUUUCAAAUCUCGUGAAGAGCAAAAAGACAUCGGCCGCUGCGAGCAAGGUGGCUUCGGAAGUUAUUCGAGAAAAUGCACAAGAACUGGAGCCUAAUGUGAUUGGACUGCUGAAUACAGUUCAUGAGCAAUCAGCUGAUCCUUGGUUACAACAAAAUUACUACGAAGUCCUAUUUGAAAUCCAUCGCUGCGCUCCCAAGAUGUUCCUGGCAUAUGCACCGACCAUUGUCGAAGGUCUUGUGAACGGGGAUGAAACUAUACGAGUGAAGACAGUUGAACUUCUUGGAAGAGUUUUUAGCUCCCAGGGUCAGGCUGUCGACAAACAGCUUGUUUCAGAGUUCAUCAAGAGAAUCACUGACAAGUCUCUGAACGUAAGAGUGGCAACAAUGCAGUCUGCAAGGGAUUGCUUUGACUCUCUUGGUGCGGAUGCUAAGGAGAUCAUAGAAAAACUGGAGGAUAGAGUACAAGAUACCCAUGAUCAAGGAAGGAUGAAAGCUGUGACAGUGAUCUGUGAUAUCGCCAAAACAAAUCUUGAAUCUGUCCCAAUGAAAGUACUUCACACGGUUGCAGAUAGGCUGCGAGAUACAAAGGCAGGCACUAGGAAUUUGGCUAUGCAGAAACUUACCAAUGUCUACGCUACACACUGUGGUACUCCGGAAUCUGAAAAGCUUGAGUGGAUUCCCAUUAAAAUUUUGAAGUGCGUAAAUCUCAAGGAGUUCAGACCUCAUGGCAUUGAAUUAGCUUUUAGUGAAGAACUUUUUUUACCUGAACUUCCAGUCAGUGAGAGAACGAAGCAUUGGAUUGCGAUGUUUUCUCAGUUUGAGGGUAACGAUGUCAAAGGUUUGGAACGGGUUCUCAGUGCGAAGCAAAGGUUUCAGCUGGAAAUGAAGGAAUACUUGCAUCUACGUCAGGAUUUGAAGGAGGAAAACUCUUCUGAGCUCGAAAAGAAAUUGCAGGACCGCUUCAAAUCUAUGGCAGAGACGUUUGAUGAAAAGGCAGAGGAAAGUCUUGCAAAACUUCAUCAGAUGAAGGAUAAUUCGAUUUUUAAGAGAUUGCUGACCUUGCUGGAGCCAAGUACACCAUAUAGUGUUUCACGCUCUAUCUGCGAUGAUUUACUGAGCACAAUCGGUGUCAAGCAUCCACAAUAUGAAUUCCUGCGGCUUCUGGCAGUACGAUGUUCGUUUUUACUAUUCGGAAGAGAGCACGUUGCCGCAGUAUUAGACGAGUAUGAGACUUUCAAAGAUUCUGGAAACAAAAAUGCUGUUUCUUCGUGCAUGAAUUUGCUUCUGGUUUUUUCCCGAUAUUUUCCUGAACUGAUGGACGGUGUCCAAGAUAAGAUUUUCAAUCUUCUUAAAGACAGCGAGGAUGAUGCCGUUAAGAACGCUGCACUUCAAAUUAUUUCCAGAUCCGGUCACUGCUUGCGGGAGAAAAUCGUGGACUCCAGAAGUUCCAUUGAUUUGACUCUCGAGACGUUUUGCUUGGAGGGAACACGUGAGCUUGCCAAGAAUGCAAUAUCUGCCAUUACGGCUUUGUCAUCGGAUGCUGGGCUUAAAGCGUUAUCGGUUCUGUAUGGGCAUCUAUUAAAAGCCAUGGAGAGUAAAGCGCAUCUUCCAACUGUUUUACAGUCUUUGGGUUGUAUAGCUCAAACUGCAAUGCCGGUGUUUGAGACUAGGGAGUCCGACGUCGUUCAAUAUGUUUUAAAAGAUCUACUUCCAAGAGAACGGUCCGAGGAUUCAACUAAAUCAGAUUGGGACAGCAGGAGUGAGGAAUGCAUGCUGAAGAUAUAUGGUCUCAAGGUUUUGAUUAAAAGCUACCUCCCAAAUAAAGAUGCAAAUUUGCGUCAAAGCUCGUUAAAAACUAUCCAACCGGUUUUGUUGAAUCUUCUUAGAUUCGGAUCAAUCAACGAGGAGUCGAAGUCGAGUGACAUUGAUAAGGCACACAUGCGGCUUGCAGCUGCUAAGGCUUUUUUGCGUCUUUCUCGAAUCUGGGACAAAGAAAUCCCUGCUGCCACUUCUCGGUUUAUAAUGAUGACAGCGCAGGAUCCAGUUUUUGAUGUACGCCAGAAGUUUUUGCUGAAAACCCAUCAGUACUUGAAACUUCAACGUUUGCCUCACAAAUACGCCAUCGUGUAUCCUUUGUACUCGGUGGAUUCAAGAAAAGAUAUCGUACAGGAGGCUCAACGUUACAUGACUGACUUUAUCGACAAUACUCGUCGCAAUGUCGCUCGUCUCAAGAGCAGUGAAGGUUUAAACGUCCAUCCAGAAUACCACUUGACGUCCUUGAUUCACGUUCUCGCUCAUCAUCCACAAUUUCCGGAUCUGUCCUCGUCUGAGACCGCUCCAUAUGAACCUUUCUACAAGCAGAUUUACUCGUACAUUCAUGCAUUGCUUGGGCAAGAGACGGAUGUGAAAAGAGAAGAAAAUAAUUUGGCUGCGGUUCUGGAAAUAUUUCGUCGUAUAAAAAACACGGAGGAUGCAAAUGUUCCAGCGGCGACUCAGAACCUGUACGCUCUUUGCGACAUCGGUCUCCACAUAGCGAAGGACCUGUCGAAACGUUCACCGGAGCCUUACAAGGGAGAUGUACGUCUGCCUUCAAACCUGUAUAAACCCGUUGAUGAAGACAGCUUAAAGGAGGAUGGCAGCAAUAUGCCGUCGGCCUUGACAUCGACUGUACUGAAUCGUUUUCGAUCUUCAAUGCCCAAAGGAGCUCAGCGGGGACAGAAAAGAGCAGAAGGAUCAGAUGACGACGAGGAUGAGGAUCCCUUACCACGGAAAAGCGGUCCUGCUGAAACUAAGAAGGGUAAAGGAAAGACUCCGGCCCGCAAAGGUAAGGAGAAGGAAGCGGAAAGCAUGUCAGAAGACGACGGUGAUGAUGCUCCCAAGAGAAAACGGGGAAGGCCAAGUAAAGAAAAGCAACAGGAAGACACUCCUGGACAGAAGAAGAGAGGGAGGCCAGCCAAAAAGCAGAAGGUGGAGGUAGACUCUCCUGCUACAUCUGCGGAUGCCAAAGGCCAGACUCCGAAGUCUAUUGCCAAGAAGGAAAAAGAGAAGGAGAAACAGAAGGACGAUGGUGCUAGCACUACGAAACGGAAAAAGCAAGCUUCUCAUAAGCCCGGCAAAAGUGAAAGCGAGGAAAAAGAACCCGAACCCCAUCUAGGCCGAAGGGUCAAGGUGUGGUGGCCAGACGAUAAGAAGUAUUACCGUGGAGUUGUGAAGUCGUAUGAUGCGAAAAGAAAGAGACACCACGUGUCCUAUGACGAUGGUGAUAGAGAGACGCUGGAUAUGAGUAAAGAGCGUUGGCAUUACGUAGAUGGGAAGGAGAAGGAGGACACCUCUCCAUCGCCGCCACCUAGGGAGCAAGCGAAGGCGAAGAAGAGGACGAGCGAAGGGAGCUCCCAGAAGAAACCGAAGGGCAAGAAACGGACGCGUGAUAGUGACGACGAACACCACCAAUCUGAGAACGAGAAAAGACCAAAAGUGAAUGGGAGCAACGCAGCAGCAGUAAAUGGGACUGCGGAAGCCGAGAGUUCACAAAGGGAUGCGUUGGGAGACACGGAUGAUGACGAGCCUCUUGAUUCUUACCGCAGGCGAAUGAAGAAACACGAUCGGCAGCAGCAGGACAAGGUUGCGGCCGCUGUGUAGAGAUCGAGAAUGGAUGAGAGAGAGCUCGAGGCGAAAUAAGGCCCUCCAAAAAUUUGUAUAAUCACCCCACCAUUUUACUCUAGAAAAGUAGAAAGCAAAUGGCUUGCACGAUUUCUUUCUAGGUUUUAAUGUUAAAUUGUCGUUUUAAUA